CUCCCCCAAAACGGCGGUCUAUCUGGCCGACGGCCCUUUCUUUGCUUUUCUCAUUCAUUAGACCUUCUCUCCUCUGUGCUCUGGAUCCCCCUGUCCCCGCUCCGUCCUCACGGCUCCCUCCAGCUUUCUUUUGCUGUUCCCCAGCUUUUCCCCGCAUUUUCGCCAUGCCCGUCUCCUCACGUUAUCCCCCCGUCGACAUUCCAGACGUGGACGUCUGGACUUUUCUCUUUGAGCGGAAGGAUCGGGCCUUCCCCGAUGAUAAAGUGGUCUACCAUGAUGCAGACACACGGCGAUCGUAUACCUAUCAACAAGUCAAAGAUGCAGCCCUCUCCUUCGGCAAGGGUCUCAAGGCCACCUUCGACUGGAAGAAGGGAGACGUGCUAGCUCUCUUCACUCCCAACAGCAUCGAUACCCCGGCCGUAAUGUGGGGAGCGAUCUGGGCCGGGGGCAUCGUCUCCCCGUCCAACCCUGCCUAUACAGCCGACGAGCUGGCGUUCCAGCUCAAGAAUUCGGGUGCCAAAAUUCUUAUCACCCAAUUGCCCCUUCUUCCGGUAGCCACCGCUGCCGCGAAAGAAGCCGGCAUCCCUGAGGACCACAUCAUACUCGUUGGCGAUCAACGCGAUCCGCAAGCCCGAACCAAGCACUUCACCUCCGUCCGCAACAUCUCCGGGGCCACUCGUUUUCGCAAGACGAAGAUCGACCCAUCCCGCGAUCUAUCCUUCCUGGUCUACUCCUCGGGCACGACCGGCGUACCCAAGGGCGUGAUGCUCUCCCACCGUAACAUUGUCGCCAAUGUUCUCCAGCUCUCGGCCGGUGAAGCAGGCAAUCUCACCUGGAAUGGCGGCGCCGACGGCAAAGGAGAUCGAGUUCUAGCAUUCCUCCCCUUCUUCCACAUCUACGGCCUGAACUGCCUAGUCCAUCAGACGAUAUACCAGGGCUACGAGCUCGUAGUGAUGACCAAGUUCGACAUUGAGAAGUGGUGUUCCCACGUCCAAAACUACCGCAUCACAUUCAGCUACGUCGUUCCCCCAGUUGUCCUCCUCCUGGGCAAACACCCCAUCGUGGACAAGUACGACCUCUCGACCCUCCGCAUGCUCAACUCCGGCGCCGCACCCCUUACUCAAGAACUCGUCGAAGCCGUCUACACGCGUAUCAAAUGCGGCAUCAAACAAGGCUACGGACUCAGCGAAACCAGCCCGACCACACACACCCAACCCUGGGAAGAAUGGCGCACGAGCAUCGGCUCCGUCGGCAAACUCCUCCCCAACAUGGAUGCCAAAUACAUGACCAUGCCCGAAGACGCCUCCGAACCCGUCGAAGUCCCCGCCGGCCAAAUCGGCGAACUAUACAUGCGCGGCCCCAACAUCUUCCUUGGCUACCACAACAACCCCUCCGCAACCGCCGAAUGCCUCACCCCCGACGGAUGGUUCCGCACCGGCGACGUCGGAUACCAAGACCCCCAAGGCAACUUCUACAUCACCGACCGCGUCAAAGAAUUGAUCAAAUACAAGGGCUUCCAGGUCGCCCCCGCCGAACUGGAAGGAAUCCUCCUCGACAACGACGCCAUCGACGACGUCGCCGUCAUCGGUCUCGAGAGCGAAGCCCACGGCACCGAAGUCCCGCUCGCGUACGUGGUCCGGAGCGCCAAAAGUCUCAACUCGGGCGUGGACGGGCCCCAAGAGGCCGCUAAUAUCGUUAAAUGGCUCGAUGCGAAAGUCGCAUAUCAUAAACGGCUCAGAGGCGGCGUCACAUUCAUAGAAGAAAUCCCCAAGAGCGCAAGCGGUAAGAUCCUUAGACGGUUGUUGAAGAAGAAGGCCAAGGAGGAGGGGUUGGGAGUGGGUGCUGAGGGGCCGAAGGCCAAGUUGUGAGGUAUAUCAUGCCUGUGUGCCUUGGCCUUUAUGCCCUCAUACCCUCCCCUUUCCUCUCUUUCUUCCUGGCAUAUCCUUGUAUCAUGUUGGUAAGGCUACGAGUAAUUGAUGUUGUAUAUAGAUCCAUCUAACGAUAGCGUUGGUUAUUUUUUUGGAUAUUGGUCUACACUCAUGAUUUGGUUUUAUAUAUUUGGGGAGACUGAAACUGCGGAAGCUAUCUCCGCGGAGUAGAUUGGAU